GACACCAUCCAUGGCACACUUCCCACACUAGAUGAGGCAUUUCUCAAAUUGCAGGAAGCAUUUGUUGUCCAACACAACCUCUUUUGGAUCAAAUUGGUCUUAAAUGCAGAGAAAACUAAAGUAAUGGAAUUCUCAAGAUUAAGAAAGCAACCCCCUACUCUGCAUCAGAUAUUCACUUUGCUAAAUAAGCCAAUAGAGGUGGCGUCAUCAUACAAGUACUUGGGAUUUCACCUUGAUAAAGCUCUCUCUUUUAACCCCAACAUUCAACAGCUCACUAAAAAGCUUAAAGGUGCAGUGCAGUCAACGUGAUUGUCCUGUGUUUUAUAUACGUAUAUUUCCACACUAUGAGGUUGGAAUAAUACUGUGAAAUUGUGAACAUUAUGAUAAUGCACUUUUAGUGUAAGAGCUGUUUGAAAAUACCACCUACAAUUUCAGCUUGUUUGGCUUGGUGGGGUUUUUGGACUGCCUGUGUAUAAGUUAAUAGUCCAAUAACAAAGAGAGUUUGCCCUCCUCUCUGCCAAUAACAGCUCAUUUUCAGGUUACACAUCCCUCCCAUUAGGCUCCUCCAAAUAGGCCUCUCUAUUAGACCACUCCCAGACAGUCAUAGCAAAAUUAUUGCUUGAGAAAUGGCGUUUUGCUAAGAAGCUAUUUUUGUUUCUUUUUGACCAUUUUAAUUGAAAACAAUCACUAUAAGGUACUUCAUUGUUACCGAGAAAAUAUUUGAUAUUCAGAUGAAAACGGCUGCAUUGGCCCUUUAAACUUAAAUUGGGCUUUGUCUUUAGGAACAAGUCUUGUUUUUAAUUUCAAGGUAGAAAAUACCUUCUUGCAGCCACUUUUUUGCUUUUGUUGGUGACAUUCUGUAAAUGAAUCCCCCAGGGUCAUACCUUCAAACACUUUACCGUGCUGCUCUUAGAUUUGUAACAAACACAAUAUCUCUUACACAUCACUGUACCUUAUAUCAGUUAGCAGGAUGGCCACCCCUAACUGU